AUGGCGAGCCUCCUGAGGCGGCGUGUCGCUGCCGCCCGCCGCCUCGCCUUCUUCCCGCCGCCAGCGCGGCGCAGCAGCUGGGCUCUGCCCGCCGCCCUGCUUCGCCGCGGCGCGUUGGUGGGCGGCCGCUGGCUAGAGACGCCCGCCGCAUUCCCCGUGCGGGACCCGGCCAGCGGCGACGAGCUGGGCCGGGUGGCCGACUGCGGCGAAGCCGAGGCGAGGGCUGCCGUGCGGGUCGCGCACGAAGCCGGCGGCGCUUGGGGCCGCCUUCCCGCUAAGGAGAGGAGCGCCCUUAUCCGCAGAUGGUACGAGCUGAUGAUUGAAAGGAAAACAGAUCUGGCGACGAUCAUAACGGCGGAAAACGGAAAACCUCUGAAAGAAGCAGAAGGGGAAGUCCUAUAUGCUGCCUCAUUUCUGGAGUGGUUUGCAGAAGAAGCUCGCCGAGUUUAUGGUGAUGUCAUUCCAGCAUCUGCAAAAGACAGAAGAAUCCUGGUUCUAAAACAGCCAGUAGGAGUGGCAGCAAUUAUAACCCCAUGGAAUUUCCCCAGUGCUAUGAUUACCCGGAAGGUUGGUGCAGCUUUGGCAGCUGGCUGUACAGUGGUAGUGAAACCUGCAGAGGACACACCUUUAUCAGCAUUAGCUCUUGGAGAGCUUGCAAACCAGGCUGGAAUUCCAGCAGGAGUGUAUAAUGUUGUUCCUUGUUCAAGACAGCAGGCACCAGCUGUAGGGGAAGUUCUGUGCACUGAUCCAUUGGUAGCCAAAAUAUCUUUUACGGGCUCCACUGCAACAGGAAAGAUACUGCUGAAACAUGCAGCUGGCACUGUGAAGAGAGUUUCCAUGGAGCUUGGAGGGCAUGCUCCUUUUAUAGUGUUUGACAGUGCUGAUGUGGACCGUGCUGUUGCAGGAGCCCUUGCUUCUAAGUACAGAAACUCAGGGCAGACAUGUGUUUGUGCAAACCGUUUCCUGGUGCAAAGGGGGAUCCAUGACAAAUUUGUAGAGAAGUUUGCUAAAGCCAUAGAGAGCGAGCUGCGUGUCGGAAGUGGAUUUGAUGCAAAAACUACCCAAGGGCCAUUAAUUAAUGAAAAAGCAGUAGAGAAGGUAGAGAGACACAUUAACGAUGCAGUUUCACAAGGAGCAUCUGUUGUGACUGGAGGGAAACGACACAGCUUGGGGAAGAAUUUCUUUGAGCCAACCUUGCUGAGUAACGUUACGACAAAAAUGCUUUGCACACAAGAGGAGACAUUUGGCCCUUUAGCACCAGUUAUCAAAUUUGACACUGAAGCAGAAGCCAUUGCUAUAGCGAAUGCAGCUGAUGUGGGUUUAGCAGGAUAUUUCUAUUCCCGAGAUCCAGCACAGAUCUGGAGAGUUGCAGAGCAGCUGGAAGUUGGAAUGGUUGGUGUGAAUGAAGGCAUAGUCUCCUCGGUUGAGAGUCCUUUUGGUGGGGUAAAGCAGUCUGGCAUAGGGAGAGAAGGUUCCAAGUAUGGCAUUGAUGAAUACUUAGAAAUAAAGUACGUCUGUUUUGGAGGCUUGUAGCAAUCUUCAGAAAGCACAACCCCAACAUCUUGCAAAAGACUGCUGUAGUUUUGAAAGCUUUCUGAACCAGAAAAAUGUCAUGAAUGCAACUUUUACCUUCUUUAAAAAUAAGCAACCCUGUCCUGUACUGAGACGUAUUGACAACAUGAUGUGCCACAUGUUUUUACAUGUUCAGUGUACUACAUGAGUACGUUGUUCUUCAGCAGUGUGAUCACAGUGCCCAUUACCUCUGAAAGGGAGUAGGGAAGAAAAGCACGUUUAUUAUUCUUAGAUCACCCUCGUUAGUGGGGAGAACCUGGAGAUUGCUGCAUUAUGGAAAUAGAUCACCAUCUGUGUCAAGGGGAAAACAGACCACCUUUUUCUACUGCCUCUGUUUGUGUAGGAUGGGGGAAGCAAACUGCCUUUAAACGUCUGUGCAAGCACCAUUUUCUAAUGUGGUGAUGUAACUUUCUUUUAGAAGCAGGCAUGUCUUUUUUUUUUUUUUUAAACUGUGGGAUAAUCUGAUGCUUAUGAAAGAUGAGGAAGUGCUUGGCUACAACUAGGAAUCUAUGCAGGUGAAUGAGCAGCUUUUAAGUGCAUCUUAAUACUGGCUGCAGAGCUGUCAGCUGUUCAGCCUCUGGGCUUCUGAGCAAAGAGCUGUAAUUUGUGCCUAACAGCUGGCAAGUUUGGGAUCAGGUACAGCCCUUGUUUGGUAUGUAUGUGAGUCUCAGUUGCUCAGAGAGGAUGGCAGUGCAGGACAAUGAGCUGCCGGCUCAGCGAGGAGAAGGAGGAGGAAGAUGGGAUGCAAAACUGCAGGAAUAAUUUACAGAAUGUUAAGGGGACACUGAAGGGCCUAUAGGAAUGAAUCCCAAAUGCUGACGUAAGAACGUAUGUAAACUCUCUUCUGUGAAAAGAAUGUAACUGUCCUUUGUAGAAGGAAAGUCACUGAUGUCAAUGUUCCUCAGCAACUCCAAAGAACAGGAGCAGAUGGGCUUCACGCCUUGUAUUUAUGGUCACACAAGCAAAUACCCCUUAUUGAGAAAGGUAUAUUCAUUUUUUUUUAACUUGGGGAACUUGCAAUCUAAUAAGGAUUUAAACAAAAGUAAUUGUAGGCGAGACUUUUACCCAUUAUUCCACUAUUUUAACUGACAUCUUUAAAAGAUGUGAGAUUCCUCAGUAAGAAAGAAAAACAAAACAUCAUUUCAAUGGUAUGUGUGUGUGUGUGUGUGUCCUGCCAGCUGAAGGACAAGUAAAGGACACUUGACUGCACAUCAAAAACUUCCAAUGCAACAAGAAUGCACAUUUACAAGGGUAAGGAUUGGAUACUGUUAUCAAUUGUAGCACAUUUGUUUUCUCUGAAGAACAAAAGGGACAGCUUAAUUCUACCCACAUAAAUUGCAAGACAAUUCUUUCUAGACAGGUUCUGAGCUUGCACUGCUGAGUGCACAGGCUGCCUGAAUCUGGGAGCAUGAUGUCGUGGAACAGGGAGUCUUUUGCCAGCUCUGGCUGCUGAUACAUUUUUACUCCUUGCAAAAUGCAGCUCAGCAGAAAAAAGCAGUAACUUGGUGCCUGGUUACCAGUAGUACAGUGAUGAAGGCACACUUACAGAUACUAUACACAGGUUGGAAUAUCUGCCACUUCAAUUGCACAGACUUAAAACAUGCUUGCACUAUCAGAUCAAGGUUAAACUUCUUUACUGCUGUGUGACAGUGCAAUCUUGAAUGUAGAUGUACUUCUUGGGACACCGCAAUUGGAGGAUUAAUUUUUUAGUCUGCUGCUCUCUUCAUUGCAAAAUUAGUGAUCUGAUGCCUUGGUGAAUUUAAAACCUGGAUGUAAUUUCUCAGAAUAGCACUGUUACAAUUAAUGAGUCAAUGUUUACUUUUUUUGUAUUUUUUUCUUUUUUAACUUUGCCUGAUAACAAGCACAAACCAUGAUUAGGUUGUAUAAUGAAGUUGAAAAAUACCUUUGUCUAGAUUGGAUUGUGGUUGGAUUCCAGCACAGUAUGUUUGUGUCAUUAAGGUAAGCACAGAAUAAUCUUAAAGUUGUUUUCAUAGCAAAAGCUGUGAUUCUUGAUACUUGAAUCCUCACAUUUGAGUUAUGUUAAUAAUGUUGGUGAUGUUCAGAAAUUUCUGGAUUUAAAACUGUGAUGAAAAGACAUUUUCAAUUAAUAAAUAACUUAUAUGAAA